AUGGGCAAGGUGUACGGGCAAUCGUUCUGCAAUAUUGCCGCAACAGCUGCAGCCAACGGUGAAGAAGGGCUCUUUGUUGACAGAGACAUUCUAUCACAUGCUCCCUUUAAAAUAGACUUGAGAUGGAGAGGACAUCAAAGAACAUACUACUGCAUCUAUAGCGAUGUAUGGCAUUUGGGAGUAACUUCAACGCCACUGAAUCACCGGGGAUGGGUCCUUCAAGAGCGCCUUCUCAGUCCCCGCACUCUAUCGUUUAAUAAUACCCAGUUGUUCUGGGAAUGUCGGCAGCUGCAGGCCAGCGAAUCGUUUCCCAAAGGCUUGGGACCAAACCCUGACUUCGCCCAUGAGGAUAUAGACGAAGACUCAGGGCUAUGCUCAAAAGCCUGGGCAACCGAGGAACCUGGCGCUCAGUAUGCUCCAUGGAGGAAAGUCAUUGAACAAUUCAUGGUUUGCAAAAUAACCAAGGCUACUGAUAAACUUAUUGCGGUUUCUGGCAUCGCUCAAGAAAUGCAGUCUCUUCUUGGUGAUACUUACGUGGCUGGCCUAUGGGAGCGAAACUUGACCUUGGACCUCCUGUGGUAUGUGGAAAGAUGGCCAUACUCCUUUAGGGGAACAUCUUAUCGCGGUUAG